GUAUAUUUAAUUAAACUCUUGCGUUUUUAUUUGUUUCUUGUUUUGUAAAAUAGUUGGGAAGGAACAAGUUGUCUGGUUGAUAUAAUGCAGACUCUUUGUGACGGUUCCUUCAAACCGGCUGUUCUUCAAACAUGGCCGCCAGUUGACGGAGAGGGUGAGGGACUUUUCCCAAGCCUUUAAUUUUAGACACGUUCCUCCAUGUAAAGGUUUUAAAAACGAAAAUUUAUUCAUAGCCAUUGGCUAAAAUGAGGUUAGCUCUUGGGAAUUUGGUAGCAUUCUAGGAAAAUGUUUUAAUUUUAUGCUGUCGUUGUUCACGUUUAAAAUGUACAGUUCAACGCCGGACAACGGUCUGGUGCGUUCAGAGGAAUGUUCUGGUAGCGGUAGCAACCUGUUGGUCCACCGCAGCCUCAGAGCGGUCCGGAGACAACAGAGCUUGUUAAGUUUGGCGAGCGAAGAGGACGAAGACGUACAGUUUGACACUUCAGAUUCAGAGAGUAACUGUGAGCUGCUGAUGGCCGGCAGGCAUUACCCAUCCAUCCAAGAGUUUGCCUCAGCGAUCCCCAACCACCUUCUCCUCGGGUCCCUGCUGGAGCACCUCUGCUGCGUCUACGAGAGCAAUCCUGCACGCUCACGAAUGCUGUUUAAAGUAAUUGGGCAGCGUUUGGGAGCCAUGAACCUUCUCUCACCUUUGGCCAUAAGUGAUGAAUUCAGCACCAUCAGACUACAGCACAACCGAGCUUUCACUGAGCUGCUUAAUGCUGCCAGCGCCUCGCUCUGUCCACAGGGCCAACAAUGUCUUGGCACAAAUGCGCACAAUCCGGCUGCAAGGCCGAAGGAGGGACUGUUUCAAGCACAGACGUCACGCUAUCUUAGUGAGUUUGAAGAAAUCUGUCGGCUUGGAAAAGGAUCAUAUGGAAAUGUUUUUAAGGUUGUGAACAAACUAGACGGCCAGUAUUAUGCUGUGAAGAAAAUUCUCAUCAAAAGAGUCUCAAAGGAGGACUGCAUGAAGGUCCUUAGGGAAGUCAAAGUGUUAUCCAGCUUGCAGCAUGUAAAUAUUGUGGGCUAUCACACUGCAUGGAUGGAACAUGUUCAACCAGCGGCCUAUCCUGAGUCACACCUUCCCGCUCUGGAAUCACCUGGACAAAAAGAGGGUUUUGACGACAGCCUUGACAACAGUAGCACCAGCUCUUCUAUAGUUUUCCAAAGCCGUAGUCAAGCAGAGACAGGUGCUGAUUCAAGUGCAAAAGGACCACCAAACACCCAGCUUAGGAGAGCUUUAGUUUCUAGGCCAGACUGCCAGACCGUGUGUCCCAAGACAGUCCAGCGCAUGCCAGAGAACUACGUUCCCUGCGUGUUCCUUGGACAGGGUGAGCACGGGAGCAGCUCCAAAUGUCCUGCCAUGGGCUGGGACCGGUCGGCAAUGUUGGACAAGAAGUCGUGCAGGAGUAGCAUUGAGCUGAACAAUAACUCUUACAUCGACAAGGAGCAUCAACAGCGGGCUGAAAUCCACACAAGAAGACCCUCUAAAGAUGUUCAGUUCCACCUGAUGCUCUACAUCCAGAUGCAGCUGUGUGAGCGCUCACUAAAGGACUGGAUCUCUGAGAGGAACUCCGGGCCAAAAGAGGAACACAUCUCAGGAUCUCCUUAUGGUUGUGUUGAUGCUGAACACACGUUAAACUUGCUCAGGAACAUACUUGAAGGGGUGGAAUACAUUCACUCCAGAGGAAUCAUGCACCGAGACUUGAAGCCAAGGAACAUUUUCCUUCGUGGUCAUGAAUGCCAUGUUCGGAUUGGAGACUUUGGUUUGGCAUGUAGGGAUAUGAUAGUAGAUGACCAUAAAAGAACAAUUUCUCCUGGUGAUGAUUUCACCCAUACAACAGGUGUUGGCACAUUUGUGUACGCUGCACCAGAACAACUGAAAGGCUCUCAUUAUGAUUCAAAGUCAGACAUGUACAGCAUUGGGGUUCUGGCUCUUGAGCUGUUCCAGCCCUUCGGGACAGAGAUGGAGCGAGUCCGAACCCUUGGGGACCUAAGAGAAGGGAAGAUUCCAGACUCCUUCUGCCAUAGAUGGCCAGUUCUGACUAAAUACAUCAUGAAGCUGACGAGCAGAGACCCCGGUCUUCGGCCAUCAGCCAACCAGCUCCUAGGAAGUGAAAUGUUCUACAAUAAAGACAUGCUAAUCCACGGUUUACAGAAAAGAGUCGAAGAGCAGGAGGAGGAAAUCAUGCAGCUGAGAAUGCAGAUCAGCCAACUUCAGAACUCAAAAGUCACUGUUAGCUUUACUGAACUGGACCAGACCUGAGCCUUAAAACAUCAGAUUGCCUAAACUUGAUUUAUUGAGCCAACAUUUUACUCUGCUUGCCUUAGUACAAGCGGCUGCUUGUGUAAACAUUUUGUCCUGUACAUUUACAUAUAGUAGUGUUUUAUUUUCAGCAUUUGUUUUCAUCCAGCUGCUAAAUAAAACUUAUGCAGGGGUUCAAAAACACUGA